AAAAUUGAAAAAUCAAUUCGCGGAAUAGUUUUUGUCAGUGCCACACACUAGCCACAACAUUGCACGUGACUUUUGCUGAUAAGAUGCCAGAGGCCGAUUGAAAAUUAAUACUCAUCAAGAUUUUUUUUCCACUCUUCUUCUUUACAACUUAUCUGGACCAUCAUUACAAGUUAGCUCAGGAAUCAUGUCCAUACUAACAUCACUGAAUUGUCAGGAUGAGGUCCAUCUAUUUGUUGGUGUAUCAGGGUUAACUCAUUCAAGAGUUCAAUCAGUUUUGUCCAAUAAAGCUCAUCCAAUAAUAAUCACACAUGAUCCAAAUGUUUCAAUUCCUACAAAUCUUAAGAAAUUGGUUCAUGAGAAUAAAAUUCCAUUAUAUGAACGCCAAUUUGAUUUAGAAACCGACUUGCUCACUUUGGGACGUUCAAAAGUCGGGAAAAUCGUUGAUAGAUUGUAUGUGAAUCUUUCAUCAAAUUAUUCAAUAUUCAAACAACAGAUAUUUGAGAAAUGUCAAAUCUAUAGAAUACCCAUCAACACCACUGAAUCGUCAGAUCUAUCAACAUUCACAUUAUUAUCAAGUUACUCUGAUGGUGAUUUUCAAUUUGGUGUUACUACAUCUGGUAAAGGCUGUAAGUUAGCCAAUAGAAUCAAGAGAGAAAUUGUUUCACAAUUACCUAAAGAUCUAGGAAAAGUUUGUACAACAGUUGGUGGAAUAAGGCAAAGAAUAAAAGAAGAAGAUAGAGUGAAAUUAGCUGAAUUAUAUAAAAAUGAUUAUGAAGAAUUUUUAGAUUUAGAGUCCGGUGAACAUGAAGAAGAUUCAGUUCAAAAUUCAAGAUUUAAUACCUUUAUUAGUGAGUUCAAUAUGACUGAAGCACAAAAGAAACUACAAAGAUCAAGAUGGCUAUCACAAGUUGUUGAAUAUUACCCAUUUAGUAAAUUAGCAUCAUUAUCAAUCGAUGAUUUAUCAACAGCUUAUCACAAUUCAAAUGACAACGAACAAACAAAUAAUAACCAAGGAGCAACCCUAUCUCAAACAUCAAAAACCAAUUUGGAAACAAAAAAGGGCUCCAUUUCAUUAGUCGGGGCAGGACCAGGAUCAGUUUCUCUUUUGACAUUAGGAGCAUUAUCAGAAAUCAAUAUAGCAGAUAUUGUUCUUGCAGAUAAGCUAGUUCCUCAACAAGUUUUGGAUCUGAUUCCUUCCAAGACUGAAAAAUUCAUUGCAAGAAAAUUUCCUGGAAAUGCUGAAGCUGCACAAGAAGAACUAUUACAGAUGGGUAUUAAUGCUUUAAGAGAAGGUAAGAAAGUUGUUAGAUUGAAACAAGGUGAUCCAUACAUCUUCGGCCGUGGUGGUGAAGAAUAUAAAUAUUUUGAAGAACAAGGAUUUACACCAGUUGUUUUACCAGGUAUAACUUCAGCUUUAUCAUCAACUGUGAAUUCUAAGAUUCCAGCCACACAAAGAGACGUUGCUGAUCAAGUCUUAAUUUGUACAGGUACAGGAAGACGUGGUGUUUUACCUAACUUACCAGAAUUUGUUAAAUCAAGAACAACUGUUUUCUUGAUGGCAUUACAUAGAAUUAGUGAUUUGGUUCCAGAGUUGAUUGCUAAAGGAUGGGAUCCAAAAGUUCCAGCUACUAUAGUGGAAAGAUCUUCAUGCCCAGAUCAAAGAAUUACAAGAACUAGAUUGGAAGAUCUCGUUGACGCAGUUGAAGCUAUUGGUUCAAGACCACCUGGAUUAUUAGUUGUGGGGUACGCAUGUGAAGUUUUGAAUAAACCUUUAACUGAGAGAUGGGUUGUUGAAGAAGGGUAUGAAAGUAAUGAUUCUACUGUAUCAGGUAUCUUGGAGUCCUUAAAAGCAUAA